AUGGCAACCACCGACAGUCCCGCCGGAGAUGCCCCACCCCCACGACUGUAUGGAAAGCAAGUGAUCGAUCGCAUUCUUGAGGUGAUUCGCUCCAAUCCAAUCUACGAUCCCUUCGUGGAAGAUGAGAUUCUCAAUAUCGCCGCCGACUGUGAGCCCCCACCUCCGGCGCCUUGUCCACGACUUUAUGAGACUCGGGAGGCGGCGCUGCAGCACGUAAAGGCCUUUGCCGCCUAUCAUGGAUACUGCUUGACAGUCAAACGCUCAGAUCAGAUCAAGGUGGACUUUGUCUGCUCGCGUCACACCCCCAUCAAGGCAAGAGAAUCACAUCCUCUGCGACGGCGGUUGGCCGUGCCAAGAGGAAAGCGUAAUGUCACCACGGAGACCCCAUCACCCUCGGUGUGGAAGCUCAGAGUAACCCAUGGCGAUCACAAUCAUGGACCUUCGCGGCAUAUUCUUAAUGCAGCGCGCUUUCAGGAGGUGUCUCCCGAGGUCGCCCAGGGUCAUGCAUUGGCGACUAUGCUCAUGAACGGGAAUGGACCUGAAGUCAUGAUGCCAGAAACUCUGCGUAUACCUGUGGAUCGGCCAACCUCUCCACCUCAUCCCGUAAUUCCCGAGGAUUUCGCAGAAGCGGAUAUGGAGGAAGGCGAUGAUCCGGACAAGGAACCAUCCCCUCCAGCGCUGCCUGCCGGGCCACCUCCUGCACCGCCGCCGGGCAUCUUCGAAACGCGCGAACAUGGUCUGGUGCAGCUCAAUGACUUUGCCUUCCGUCACGGGUACAGCCUGACCAUCAAGCGCUCCGAUACCAUGAAGGUUGACUUUAUCUGCGCCUGUUGGCCGAAUCCAGAGCAUCCCAGGUCGCGAAAGACCGUGGGGACGAAUUGUAAAUUCCAACUUCAGUUGAGGAGACGUGCGGCGGCGCCGCCGGGGCGACCGGGCUUUGAGGUCUUGUCUGAUCGUCCCAAUCUGCCUUGUUGGGAGUUGAGAAUCAAGAAUGGAGAACACAAUCAUGGGCCUCAGUCCCCAACCUCGGCGAUGCUGAAGCGAAAAAGAAAGAGCGAUGUUGCAGCUCAUCUUACAGUCAUGAGCGAGUCGUAG